UCAGCCACACACCGUGCAGCCACCCCACGUACGUGCUCAUACGGGGAGAGAGAGAGACAGAGAGGGAGAGAGGGAGAGCGGGGGAGAGAGGGAGAGAGGGGGAGACGUCGCUCUCUUUUUGUGCAUCCUUUGCUCUGCACACGCGUGCGUGACAUGCCGUCGGCUCCCGGAAUCUCCAUCAACUUUUUAUGCACUGUUUUCGUCGUCGCAUUCCCACCCUUCGCCGAGUCUUUGGAAUGAGCCGUUUUCCCGUCUGCGCCGUUUCCAUGCCAGCAUGGGAACCGCCGUGUCCAAAAGGAAGCAUUUAGGAAACGAUGCGAUAUCCUCCGUGGCAGCAAAAGUUAGAGCAGCGCGAGCAUUUGGAGAGUACCUGUCCCACACACACCCUGAAAACCGAAACGGAUCAGCUCAUCUUCUGUGUGAAACCUUGGUGGGUCCCGACCCCGAGUUGCUGAGUGACACGAUAAGCCCGAACAACAACAACAACCACCUUCAUCUCUGCUCCAACGCCACCAAGGGCCGUGAGGACAAACGGGAGCCCGUCCUGGUAAAGACCCCCCUGGGCUUACUCCAGCCUCCGCCCCCUUCCAUCACCAUCUCUACCAAAGCGUCUCGACUGUCCCUCGAGCGCAGCUUCUCGGCAGAGGAAGACCAGCAGAAGUGCGUGGCGUGCCCCCUGCAGCCCGCCCGCGUGUACACCAUCACCACCCAGCGCGGCAUGCUGAUGAGCAGCGGCCGGGGCAGCAAGGAGAGCCUAGAACUGGACGUCCUGAAGGAGAAAUCGGGGAGUGGCGGGUCGGGAUCCAGAGGUGGCUUGAUCCAGCCCUCCACCUCCCCUUCCUCAACAUCGUCGUCUCCAACUCAGUACCACCACUCCGGCGCCGGCGGCCGCGGCGCCAGCCACCACCACCGGAACCAUCACGACCACGGCAGCCGCAGCGCGGCGAGCGGCAGCGGCAGCAGCGGCAACCUGCAGCUGCAGCAGCAGCAGUCGCUGUCCGUGGCCGGAUCCCACUCCCAUCACGGAGCACACCACCACGGCCACCACCAUCACCUGUCUCAGCCGCCGCUGCAGACCUCCGUCAGCGCGCACAACAUCCGCGGCUGGGGCGAGGGCGGGAAAGGGGAGGCGGAGUGCAGCGGGCUGGCCUGCGAGUCGUGCGGCGGCGCCCCGUCGCGGAGCCAGGGCUCCCUGGAUCUGGAGAGCGCGAACCGAGAGGCAGGCAAGCAGCACCGACGCCUAGAGCGGAUGUGGAGUGUGGACCGGUUGACUGGGCUGGAGAGAGAGGACACCAACUGGUUCCCCAAAGAAAACAUGUUCAGCUUUCAAACUGCCACAACAACAAUGCAGGCGUGAGUGAACUUCCGGAAGCAUCUUCGGAUGGUGGGCAGCAGGAGGAUGAAAGCACAGACCUUCGCUGAGCGUAGAUCGAAGAGUUUCAGCCGUUCCUGGAGUGACCCCACACCGGUCAAGACUGACUCUCCUCAUGAGCCCAGAGACAGUGGAGACCUUCAAGCGUCUUGUGGUACCUUGGAUGAAGGGGGGCUCGAUGACAAUAUAGACUGGGAGGAGGAGCGCGAGAUGGAGAAGCUGGCAUGUGAAGGAGACGACUUUGUACCUCCCAAAAUCAUGCUGAUCUCCUCCAAAGUCCCAAAGGCAGAGUACGUUCCCACUAUAAUUCGCAGGGAUGACCCCUCCAUCAUCCCCAUCCUCUACGACCACGAACAUGCAACGUUUGAUGAUAUUUUGGAGGAAAUAGAAAAGAAGCUCACAGCUUACAGGAGAGGAAGCAAGUUCUGGAGGAUGCUCAUUUUUUGUCAGGGAGGCCCCGGUCACUUGUAUUUACUGAAGAACAAAGUGGCAACUUUUGCUAAGGUGGAAAAGGAGGAGGACAUGAGCCAGUUCUGGAGGAGGCUCAGUCGCUUCAUGAGUAAAAUCAACCCAGAACCCAACAUUAUCCACAUAAUGGGAUGCUAUGUGCUGGGCAACCCCAACGGAGAGAAGCUGUUCCAGAAACUGAAGAAUCUGAUGAGGCCUUAUUCUGUUGAGUUUGAGUCGCCGCUGGAGCUGUCUGCUCAGGGCAAAGAGGUGAUUGAGAUGUACUUCGACUUCCGCCUCUACCGGCUUUGGAAGACACGGCAGCACUCCAAACUCUUGGAAUAUGAGGAAUUUUUGUGACGAAAACACAUACAUAAUGGGUGCAGCGGAGUCCUACAAUGAAAAUAAAACACAUCCAAUAACUGAACAUUGCUCAACUUUAGUGCUCGACCCUUCAACUCAAUAAAAACAGCCAUGCCUGAGUUCAUCCUGGAGAGGACUGGGAGGGGCAGAAGGAAGGAUGACAGGCUGGACGAGGUGGCUGAAGUCAAACUAAAUUAUGCUGUGCCUCCACUCCUCUUCAUUUUCAGAGAAAGGAUCAAAAACGAAACGAAAAAAAGGGCAGAAAAAUAAAUAAAGAGACAACUGGACUUUCCCUGUCUUAGUCCCUGACUUUGAUUUCCUCUUGGAAAAAAAGCAAAAGGGAAAUACUAAAUUAAAUGUGUAAAAAACAAAUAUCAUUUUAGUCACACCUUAGUUGCAAAGAAACGCCUUGCGGCGGAUGCGCUUCAGAAGGAGGCUCAUUGUGCCAUGAGGUGGUUCUGCGCUUUGACCGGACCUCUCAACAUGAUCUCAGAGCCCUGAGACGACUAUACACGUACAUAAAUAAUCCAUAAGUCAAUGUGUGUAUAUAUCACAUGAAUAUAUUAGCAUAGCUUUAGUCAUGCAAAUAAUACAUGAGAAUAAUAAUGCAUAAUUUAUUUUUUAUGUGCAUUCUUGUGCAGUUUCAUAUGAAAAUACUUGGAAUAACUCAGGUUUUAGCCAUGAAGUAAUGAAUCUGUUUGUCUAUUCUAUCAAGAUAUUGUAAUCUUCAUCGCCAUUGCUUGGAAUGAAUGUCUUAUCUUUUCAUGUAUCUUAAGUUUAAGAAAUCCAGCUUCAUGUUUUGAUAAAAAAAAAAAAAAGAGGAGAAAAGGAAGAAAAAAAGUUCUGAUUUGGUGUGUGAGUGUGUGCGUGUUUGGAUGUCUUUUUCAUGUCAAACGAGAAAAAAAAAUCAUAAAAAUAUGUCGUGUGUAUUUCCUCUUUCUGCUCUUGUGUUGAAGCAAAAAUAAUGGUUAUCACCUCCACCCCCCCCCCCCAUUUUCUCUCUGUCACAUACACGCCAAGACUGUCUCACGUGCUUAAUGAUGUCAAGAGGGAUGCAACAGGCAUCCGAGUGCUCCU